CGUCAGUUUUGCUUCCUCUGAGCCGAUUAGCUCGCUGCUCCAUACGACUUUCUGAAAGUCUCAUUACUCUCUAUUACACACGUUAAACCGGGGACAUGCUCAUUAUUCCUGCAUAAACAGCACACAAAACAACAACGCUGUUGGAGAUUAAAAGAAAAAAACAAGAUCUCGUGCAACGUCUGGAUUAAAAAAAAAAAAAAAAAAAAACCGGCGCGUGACCCAGGAUCUCAACUCUGGCUGAAGAUUUCCGUCACGCUUACCAAUGGACCGCAAGUGUGUGAGCGUCUGAUCCAUGCUUGAUCUCAUGGCUCCUCUCUCGCCCUGACGUCUUGGUUUAGCCAGGAUCCAAAAUGAGCAUAAGCAGCGAUGAGGUCAACUUCCUCGUGUACAGAUACCUACAGGAGUCGGGAUUCUCUCACUCAGCAUUCACGUUUGGCAUAGAGAGCCACAUCAGCCAGUCGAACAUCAACGGCGCGCUCGUUCCCCCUGCAGCGCUCAUCUCCAUCAUCCAGAAGGGCCUGCAGUACGUCGAGGCCGAGGUCAGCAUCAACGAGGAUGGCACUCUCUUCGACGGCCGCCCGAUCGAGUCUCUGUCGCUGAUCGACGCCGUGAUGCCCGACGUGGUGCAGACCCGUCAGCAGGUGUACCGCGAUAAGCUGGCGCAGCAGCAGCAGGCCGCACCGGGGACCGCGGGAAGCACCGGCGCCAAGAACGGAGAGAGCGCCGCAAACGGAGAGGAGAACGGCGCGCACGUCUUAUCUAACCACCAUGCGGACAUGAUGGAGGUGGACCGGGCGGUGGAGAUCCCGGCCCAUAAGGCCAUGGUGCUGCGCGGACACGAGUCCGAGGUGUUCAUCUGCGCCUGGAAUCCGGUCAGCGACCUGCUCGCAUCAGGGUCUGGGGACUCGACGGCAAGGAUCUGGAACCUGAGUGAGAGCAGCUCAGGAGGCUCCACCCAGCUGGUGCUGCGCCACUGCAUCCGAGAAGGAGGCCAGGACGUGCCGAGCAACAAAGACGUCACCUCACUGGACUGGAAUAGUGAAGGUACGCUGCUAGCCACCGGCUCCUACGACGGUUUUGCCAGAAUAUGGACUAAAGAUGGUAACCUUGCCAGUACUUUAGGCCAGCACAAGGGACCCAUAUUUGCUCUGAAGUGGAACAAGAAAGGCAACUUUAUCCUCAGCGCCGGUGUCGAUAAGACCACAAUUAUUUGGGACGCACACACUGGAGAGGCCAAGCAGCAGUUUCCAUUCCAUUCAGCUCCAGCUCUUGACGUGGACUGGCAGAGCAAUAACACGUUCGCCUCCUGCAGCACAGACAUGUGCAUCCACGUGUGUAAACUGGGCCAGGACCGACCGGUCAAGACAUUCCAGGGUCACACGAACGAAGUAAACGCGAUUAAGUGGGAUCCAACCGGCAGCCUCCUGGCCUCCUGCUCCGACGACAUGACGCUAAAGCUUUGGAGUAUGAAGCAGGACACUUGCGUUCACGACCUGCAAGCCCACAACAAAGAGAUUUACACCAUCAAAUGGAGUCCCACUGGACCCGGAACCAACAACCCCAACGCCAAUCUCAUGCUGGCCAGCGCAUCGUUUGACUCGACGGUGCGACUAUGGGAUGCCGAACGUGGCGUAUGUGUGCACACGCUAACGCGGCACCAGGAGCCCGUCUACAGCGUCGCAUUCAGCCCCGAUGGCCGUCACCUCGCCAGUGGCUCCUUCGACAAAUGCGUGCACAUCUGGAAUACACAGAGCGGCGCCUUAGUAAACAGCUACAGAGGGACAGGAGGGAUCUUCGAGGUGUGCUGGAACUCCACCGGAGACAAAGUGGGAGCAAGCGCAUCAGACGGAUCGGUUUGUGUAUUAGAUCUGCGGAAAUGACUCUGCCGAGGGGAAGCCGUGCGUCAACGAAGAAUGUGCACCUCGCCAAAUUCACAGCCUCUCCACGUGAACUGUUCUGUAUUCCCACACGGACUAAUAACUAAUCACCCACGCACCAAAAUAUCGUUAUUGUAUUCACGUCCCUUUGUCCACCAUUCCAAAAUUCAGGAUGCGGCAGAUUUACAGCCUGUGAUGUGAGCACCAGAAAGCGUCCCCUGAUAACACUGAACCUGAAGCAGUUAGAAAUGUUUAUUUUUUGGGAGGCACCUGACCUCCGUAUAACUUGAUCUAUCUGAAGGUGGUCAUUAGGACACCAAUACCGACUUAGUUUAUUGAACGGCUAAUUGUUUAUACGAACUAUGCAACGUUCUGGCUAGACGAAAAUCAUGCG